AUGGCUCGAAACGCGGAGAAGGCUAUGACCACUUUGGCCCGGUGGAGGGCCGCACAGUUAGCAGAUGAGCGGACAGACGAGCGACGACCGUUCUUGGCCACGUCUUGUCACGAUGUCAAGAAAGCUGAAAAAUGGAGGCGCCAAGUGAUCUCCGAAAUCUCCAGAAAGGUGGCGCAAAUUCAGAAUGCAGGUCUCGGCGAAUACAGAAUUCGCGACUUGAACGAUGAGAUCAAUAAACUACUCCGCGAGAAAUCGCAUUGGGAGGACCGAAUCAAGGAGCUCGGGGGACCCGACUAUGCGAAGGUUGGUCCGAAAAUGUUGGAUGCAGAAGGUCGAGAGGUUCCCGGUAACCGAAGCUACAAGUACUUCGGAGCUGCAAAGGAUCUUCCGGGGGUCCGAGAAUUAUUCGAGCUUGAGCCCCCGCGACGCGCUAGAAAAACCAGGGGGGAGCUCAUGAAACACAUCGAUCCGGACUACUACGGGUAUCUCGAUGAGGAUGAUGGCGUGCUUUUGCCUCUCGAAGCGCAAGCGGAACUCGUAGCCAGAAAGAAGGAAAUUGAAGCGUGGAAAGCUCUCGAGGAAAAGGCGGUCUCUCAAGAAACUCGAGAGUCUCCGAUUUCGCUGUGAUCGUAAAUGAAUUGUAAAUGAAACCCUCUUUAGAAAUCCAUCUCAUUUUCACGGAUCAACCUCGAUGUUGGUUGUGAGUAAUGCCACAACUUUGUACAUAUAUCGGUACGGAAAAUUAUGAGAUGUCCAGCUUGAGAUAAGUCGGCAGUCAGAAUGGCAUCGAUCCCAUAUGCGCAUGAAGAAACAGAAGUUUGGAGAUAAACCAUUUAUUAUGU